AUGAGUCUGCUGCUGCUGUCGCAGCGAGCCCCCCGCUCCUUUGCUGCUCUAGGGCCCUGGGGUCCCUUUAGGGGCUCCCUGGGGGCCCCCCUAGGGGUAACCUUGGGGGCCCCCCUGGGGGCUCCUCUGGGGGCCUCUCUGGGGGCCCCUAAAGGGUCCCCACUGGGGGCCCCUUUGGGGGCCCCUCUGGGGGCCACGGGCCGCAGUCGGGGGGGGCCCCCUACAGGGGGGCCCCCAGGGGGGGGCCCCCCUGUGGAAGGUAGAAGAAGAAGAGGUUUAGAGACAGGAGACGAUGCGCAUGAUUUGCUGCAGAUGACAACAGAUAGUUCGAUGUUGCACAGCAGCAGCAGCAGCAAGAACAACAGCAACAGCAGUAGCAGCAGCAGCGGUAGCAGCAGCAGCAACGACAGCGGUUGCAGCGGGGGAUCCUCCUGGGGCAUGCUUUGUUUAGGGCCUCCUGCUGCUUCCUCUUUGCAGGCUACUAUGCCAGCAGCAGCAGCAGCAGCAGCAACAGCAACAGCAACAGCAGCAGCAACAACAGCAGCAACAGCAGCAGCAGCAGGCAUGCGCAUCCCUCAUCGUCUUUUCGCAGUCUUUGCUGGUGGCAGUCCUCUUGUAACAACUGAGCCCGGUGCAAACGCAGCAGCAGCAGCAGCAGCAGCGGCAGCAGCAGCAGCAGCAAAUGCUGCUGCUGCGGCUGCUGCUGCAGGGGGUGCUGCUGCUGCGCCUGCCUUAUCGCCUUCUCGCGGGAAGCCGCAGCAGCAGCUGCUGCAGCAAGCAGCAGCCUACUGGAGCCUCAGCAAAGGGCGCUUGAGUUUGCUUGUGUCUCUCUCUUCAUUAGGGGGUUAUAUUGCUGCGCAGCAGGCAGCAGCUCCCGCAGCAGCAGCAGCAGCAGCAGCAACAGGAGGGGGCGGGGGGCCUGCAGCAGCAGCAGCAGGUGCUGCUGCUGCUGCUGCUGGAUUUGAGCCCCUUGCUGCUUUGUUCGUAGGGGUAUUCUUGACUUCUGCUGCAGCAAACUCUGCAAAUCAAAUUAUAGAGAGACACAGAGACGCCAAGAUGAUAAGAACUAAAAACAGCUAA